AAUGACGUAAUGAACGUAAAACAAGAUGGCGUCGUCUUAAGCAUAAAUCGUUGUGAAUGAGUUUAUCGGACGUGAAAGUCUGCCUCUCUUGAGGCGCUGGUGUCGUUUCGCGGUUGUUCCGGGGGGAAUAACGUAAAUCUUCACGGUCAGACAGGUGUGUUGUUGGCGCCGCUGGACGCCACAGAAAGAGGCCGCGGACGUUGUUAAUUUCCUCCUGCGACCCUCCGGUUACAGCCGGAGAGGGCGAGCUGCGGACGGACAGGAUGGACACCGGGGAGUACAUGGAGACCAUGGACCCGACUUUAGCGGAAUUAGGGGACGAAUUCACCUUGGGAGACAUCGACGAGAUGCUGCAGUUUGUCAGCAACCAGGUGGGGGACUUCCCGGACUUGUUUGAGGACCAGAUGACCCCCGCAGGCUCCCUACAGAGUGGCGUUGCUAGCGUUACCCCGCGUCCCGCCAUUCAAACCCCUCAAACCCCCCAAACUCCCCAGGCACCAACCGCUGUUGCCUACCAGAGCUCCAGCGUUAACCUCGCCGCCUCCCAGACACUGUCUCCCCAGUCUUUACCCCUCACCCCUCCCCUCACUCCCGCCCAGACCCCCUCCCCCGCCACCGCCUCAGCACCGCAGCAGAUGACCCGCAGCCCUCCGCUCCUUCAGCCACGGCCUCAGGUCCAAGCCAUCCAGCCUCAGCCCCAGCAGACGGCUCAGCCUACCAUCCAGAUGCACACCCAGGGGAUCCCCAUGCAGACCCAGAGCUUCCCGGUCCACACCAUAGUUCAGACCCACAGCCAGACGCCCCUUCCCAUCCAGACCCAGGCGGCCCAAACUGUGAUGAUUGCCUCCAACGGCGGGCAGUCACGUUUCAUCCAGAACCCGGUCAUCUGCCAUCAGAGCCCCACUUCUGGUUUCCAAGUCCUCCAACCGCAGAUGCAGAGCAUCAUGACAUCACAGCAGCUCCAGCCGGUGACUUUUCAGCAUCAGCGUGUUCUGACUCCAACAGGUCAAACCAUCCAGACUCUCUCCACAGCCCCGACCACAGUCCACACUGUGCAACAGCAGGUGCAGCAAGUACCGGUUCUGGUCCAGCAGCCUCAGAUUCUGAAGACAGAUUCUCUGGUUCUCACAACACUUAAACCAGACGGCACCCAGGUGCUGUCCACCAUGCAGAGCCCCACAGGGAUCACCACUUUGACCACGCCCAUCCAGAACACAGCCCUGCAAGUCCCGACGCUGAUGAGCAGCAACAUCCUGACCACCGUCCCCGUAGUGAUGGGAGGAGGAGACAAGCUGCCGAUCAAGCAGCUACAGCCAGGCUCCUCCCACUGCGCAAACGGAGCCAGAUCGAACGUCGACCAGGGCCAGAUGACGGCAGGAGGAGUGGGCCCGGGAGGAGUCGUGAAGGAGGGCGAGAGGAGGACGACCCACAACAUCAUUGAGAAGAGGUAUCGGUCCUCCAUCAACGACAAAAUCGUGGAGCUCAGAGACCUGGUGAUGGGCAACGACGCAAAGAUGCAUAAAUCAGGCGUGCUGAGGAAGGCCAUUGACUACAUUAAAUACCUGCAACAGGUCAACCACAAGCUGCGACAGGAGAACCUGGCCCUUAAAAUGGCAAACCAGAAGAACAAGCCGGUGACGCUGUCCGAAGAUGUGGAGCUCAAACAGGAAAUAGUGAUGAUGUCACCUCCAGCCUCGGACUCUGGUUCCGGUUCGCCUCACCAAUUCUCCCCUUACUGUGUCGACUCGGAGCCGGGCAGCCCCUUACUGGAUCACGAUCAGGUGAAGAGUGAGCCAGAUUCUCCCGGCUCUGUUGGAGUGAUGGAUCGCUCUCGACUGCUUCUCUGCGCCCUGACCUUCUUCUGCCUGUCCCUGAACCCGCUGCCGUCUCUCCUGGGCUCCGAAGCCUCAGGGAGCCACGGCCUGUCCACGGGUCACGGUCCAUCCAGAACACUUGUCUGGUUCCCGAGUCACACGCAGGACUUCGCAUCCUGGCUGCGGUGCCUGUUGCCGUGGGUGAUGGUGUGGGUGCUGAGCGGGGUGGGAGCGGUGUGGGGCUGUGUAAGGGUGCUCUAUCUGUGGGAGCCCGUCACACCCCUUCACUCCCCGAAAUCUGUGUCCUUCUGGAGGCAUCGCAAACAAGCCGACCUGCAUCUCAACAGGGGAGAUUACACAGCAGCAAUGGCCAGUUUAGAGACCUGCUUGUCCGUCUUGACCAGGGCUCUUCCAUCAACCACUCUCGACCUGGUUUGCUCACUGUCCUGGAAUCUGAUUCGCUACUGCUUGCAUCGUCCGACUCCCUUGGGUUGGCUGGUUCACCAGGUCAGAGGAAAGCAUGAGGGGGAGGAGGCUAGGACCAGUGCGAAGGACGCAGCGCUGGUUUACCACCGGCUGAGCCAGCUGCAACUCACAGGAAAGCUGCCUCAGCGUAGCAGCCUGUGGGCUUUGUCUCUCUCUCUCAGUGCUGUCAACCUCAGCGAAAGCGCCCAAGGCAAGAUGGCUCCCGCCCAGCUCACCCAGAUCUAUGUCACUGCAGCGACAGCCCUGCGCACCGUGCUGGGCCACCACCUCUCCUGCCUGCCUGGUUACCUGUUGAGCUGUGCGGAGAGUGUGGCCAGCCAAUCAGACACCAAGCCCAUCCCUGACUGCCUGCGUUGGCUCUUCACUCCAUUGGGCAGGCAGUUCUUCCUGAGCUGUGAUUGGUCAGUGAAGUCGGAGAGCAGCGACGGCGUGUACACUUCUCAGAGAGACUCAGCUGACCCCAUCGCCCAGCUGCACCGCUGUUUCUGCAGGAAGCUCUUGGAGAGAGCCGUUCACACCCUCAUCCAGCCGCAGAGCGACUCUGACGCAGGCAAACGCAAGAACGACUCUGGGGAGUUUUCCAGUGCCCUGGAGUUCCUCCAGUUGUUGAACAGCUGCACAGAGGACUCUCCUUCCCCUCCUCCUCCCUUCUCGACUCCUCCCAAUCACACCACCACUCCAGUGGGCGACCCAGUGAGUCGCUGGUGGGCUUUGGUCCUGAAGGCCGCCGUGCAUUGGCUGCAGGGCGAUGAUGUCGCAGUGAGGUCACUGUUGGCGGAGGCGGAGCGGAUGCCGAGGGCUCUACACACUCUUGACCACCCUCUUCCUAAAGCUGUGCUGCUGCUUUGCAAAGCGGUUCAGAUGAGUCUGUCGCCUCUGAAGGGAGAAGGAGCAGUAGCCUGCCUGUCCCACUGCGACAGAGCCAGCAGCUACCUGCGCUCCAGCAUCUCGGUGCCGCUCACCCAGUCCGGGAACUGGCUGAACAAGGGGGUGGAGCUCCUGGUCUGUGACCUUCUGCUGACCUUGAGGACCAGUUUAUGGCAGCGGGGGGGCAGCAGUAAUGGAGAACCUGGCCCGGCACCUGGGUCCCAGUUGGCCGGUUUCCAGAGGGACCUCAGUGCGCUGAGAAAGCUCACACAGUGCCACAGACAGGCGCAACACAAGGUGUUUCUUCAUGAGACCACAGUGAGGCUGAUGGCGGGAGCCAGUCCCACGAGGACACACCAGCUGCUGGAGCACAACCUCCGACGCAGGACACACAGCUCCUACACAGCUGAAGGUGAGUGUGUCGUGGGCGAGAGGGAGAGAGCUCAUGCCAUCCUGCUGGCGUGCCGCCACCUGCCCAUGCCGCUGCUAACCCCGCCCGGGCACCGGGCGCGCCUGCUGGCCGAGGCCAAGCGUACCCUGGAGCGGGUGGGAGACCGCCGGUCCCUGCAGGACUGUCAGCAGAUUUUGCUGCGCCUCAGUGGAGGCACAACCAUCGCAGCCUCCUGAACACACACACACACACACACACACACACACACACACACACACACAGUGCGAGAACAAACACACAGAUUAGGGCUACUCGCAAUACUCUGAAAAAAAAUUAACUGAUUUUCCACAAUACUUAAAAAGAUGUUAACCACACUCAUUCACCAACAACGUUUAAUUCUGUAACUGUCGCCUGUUCACGCCCUCGUACUGAUCCAGGGCCGUGAACAUGGACUUUAAUCCAAACCGGCACACGUCUCACACACACGCCUGAUUUUUAACUGUCACAGCUACAUCUAACUCUCAGCCCUGUAUCCACACCCAUCUGAACACAUGAAGGCUACACGUUUUGAUGCUUAGUUGCAUUGUUGCAGCACAAUCAUGCCCCCUACUGGCCAUUAAUGUACCAUGCUGGCUAACUGCCUUGUUUUAAACAAUGCUAAACAACAAGGAAAAUCAGGUUAAAUAGGCCCCAAAGGGAAAAGGGACCAUUAUCUCCUAACUGUUUAAAUUAAUGCAAUGCAGCAGUGCAUUGAUUAGAUGUAGGAUGCCAAGCUGUACAAUCAUUUUCAGUGCACAGUAAUAUGAGUGCUACAAUAACCGUGUAAUGUCUUGAUAAACUUGCAAGCUUCAACUAAGGGCUUUAGGGUAUUCAAGAGUAGACAGCCGAGAUCUGCUGAGCACGGCUGUUCUGGAAGAUGCAGACAGAGAGUAGCGCGCUUUUAACUGUACAGUGCAGAGUAGUGUCUCUCCUUAUCUACCUCAUACGCUGUACAAUGCCAGCAUUGUACUGUGGAGCAAAAUAGGAUACUUAAGCACCAUGUCAGUUAAUCCCGAAUUCGAAAGUGACCGUUUGAAGUGAUGCUUCGAUCCAGUGCGGCGUCAUUCUAAUGAAAAACCUUCCUGAGCUGCUUCAGUUAGACUUCAGGAUACAGCAGCGCGGCACUGAAGGAAUGUGACAGCUACUGCUGACAUGUUCCUCACUAUUAAGACACAGGGAAGAAAUUAUUGGAUAGGCGGAACAUCUAAAUAGCAGAGGGAAGCAGUCAAUCAUGGGCUGAUAAGAAAAUGCCCACCGAGACACACACACACACAUUCACACAAACUCAUAUAUGCUAAUGGUCAAAAGUUUUCGAACACCUCAGUUUUUCCAGCUGUUAUUUAAAUUUACAUGAAUCAUUGUUUCUGAAAUGAAAGCGAAGAACAAGGAAUCGGCUCGUUGAAACUAAAAUUAAUGAGAGAUUUUGAGUCAUCCAGCGGCCGAACGCACUCAUGACGUUCUUCCUUCAGUGGAAAUUAAACUUUGUUUGGAAAGUUCAUCCCAACGCUGAAGCAGAAGAUCCAACGAACGUGUAGCAGUUGUAGUUUAUUUUGCCUGGAAACCUGGAAGAAUGGGGGUGUUGUAAAACCUUUGACCGGUAGUGUACAUAUUAAAUUAAUUACAUAUGAACUCACAAUGUGGUUGUAUAUAGGUUGUACAUAGGCAGAUAAACAGAAGUAGAAUAAGCAGGAAGUUCUUACCUACGGUUUGAGAGAAGACACACGUAAAGGAAAGCACUGUAAGAUGUAAAAUGUGGCUCGUAGCGGUCAGACUGACCAGGAGAGCAAAGUCAGCUGAAUGUGUUAUUCCGCCCAAAAAAUCCUUUUACCGUCAAACACUCACCUGCUGUAAACUUGCAAGGUGGUCACUGAUGGAGAACGGCAGCUUGAAUUCAUGAUGGACUCGACUGUCCAACUGUGAAAUCCGCCUUUUCAAGCUCACAGGUAGUGAGUGAAUGAUGCUCAAAGGGGUUUUGGGUGGUGUUUCACCUUGUGGUGUCAAAUUUCAGUGAAGAUUGUGAGAAAUGUGAGAAAUAGUAUUUCUUGGAAGCGAUGUCCACAUAUAAUGUAAAGCUCUCAAGCGAAAUGGCCUUGAUGUUAUGUAAAAAAAAAAAGAAAAAGAAAAAAAGAUUAUGUUUCAUCAUAUUUGGAUUGAUGGAGUUUUAGCUUUGUGAAAUCUUUGUCCACUUUGCUUUUUUUGUCAGUCCUAUUUUCUGUGCUCCGAUUAUCUUAUUUAAUGGUCAUGUAAUAUUAAUAUAAAUGCAUUUUUUUGGGUGGGAAGGGAGCAGUUUUGCAAUUCUAUCAUUGUUUUAUGUUUGUAAAAGCAGCCUAGGGUCAGAAACUGUCAGAGGGAGAAUCUCUAAUAGGAAAAUGUUGUGUGUUUUAUUGGUGAAGAAAAGCCCAUGUUUAAACAAUUAGCAUGAUAUUCUAGGAUAACUCUUGUCUUUGGUACAUGCUGCAAUUUCUUUGUUGUUUGAAACACACUUAUGCUAUUAGAAAUUUCCAGAACUCUGUCUUCCAGGUCAACUUAAGCUGUCACAAUAAGUAAUGUAAGGAGUCCUGAAAAUACUUAUGUAUAUUUAGAUAUAGCUUUCCUGACUGGUAAGGGUGUGCAAAGUAACGCUCAACCAGCCACUGGCAGGCUGGAGUUUUUGCUAUCAAAAUUAUGUUAUUUGCCUCUUCCCCUUGAUGUAUUUUAUUGUCUGAAUUCUGUUCAUUUUGAUGUUUGUUUUAUAAUAAAACAACACAUGAUAGUG